GCGAUGGCCGGCAUUCCCAGCCUUGUCCUCAUCAUCCCGGUCAAGAGUCCUUCGCAAGCAGCUCAGCACAAGCCAGCCAAGAACAAAGCAUGACAGUACCUCCACCCCUCAAGAUCCUCAUCGUCGGCGCCGGGUCCGUUGGGCAGAUAUUCGGAUACCAUCUGAGCAAAGGCGGGGCCGAUGUCCACUUUCUGGUCCGAGACUACCAGGCCCCGCUGCUCCGGUCAAUUCCGAUGCGAGUCCAUCGCCUGUGUGCGCCUGGAGAGAAGCGCAUCCCAACAAAGACUGCUCUGCUCUCCAUUCCGGAGAAAAACAUCUACACCAUCGAUGACGUCGAAGCUGGACAGCUCCCGCUGGACUUCAACUGUAUCCUCAUUGCAGUAUCAUCGGCGGCACUGCGCGGCCGUUGGAUCCGAGAUCUUCUUCAAGUAAUCCAUUCCAACCCAAAGUGCAUCCUCUACUGCUUCUCGCCCGGCGUCAGCGACUGCCACUACAUCAUCCAGAGCUGUGGCAUUGUCGCAAGCCGCAUCGUACGCUCACAAGCAAACUUCAUCUCGUGGCCAGCCCCGCUCGAAGGCCAGGCCUUCAAUCCCAUUCCCUCCAAAGAACGCCUCGUUGGGGUUCAAGGCAGCCAUUCACACCAGCCGAUCACCGCUUAUUUUGUGAAUGGCCCGCAGCUCUUCUCGAGGAGCGACAGCGUUGCCACCGAAAAGAUCACGGCUCGACUUCUGGCCUGUUUGCGGACCACCAAUCUGGCAAGCGAGCAAACCCAAGUCCUGCCGUCACUCUUCCGUCUGCGACAGUCAGUCCUGGUGCCGCUGCUGAUCGGGCUAUCGAUCGCCGACUGGAAGUUCCGCAAGCUCUUCAACGACCGCAAGCUCCUGCGCAUCACCAUCGAGGCCAGCCGCGAGGGCCUCGAUCGCGUGUGCACCUUGCAUGACAUGACCGACUUUCGCUGGACGACCUUCUGGAUGUUUUUCCUGUUCUGGGGACUCAUCGUCCAGCUGGCGAUCUUGCUGGUCCUGCCUGUUGUCCAGCCCAUGGACGCCCAGGCGUUCCUGAAGUUCCACUUUACAAAGUACGAGUCGCAGACGAUGUUGCAUGCCGAAGAGGAAAUCGAUGAAGGUGCGGCGGCGGGGCAUCCGGCAAACAAGCUCAUUGAGCUCGUCCAGCUGCAUCCGCGGUGGAACUCGCGCAUGAGCCUGGUUCGAUACAAGUCGCAGUGAUCGAUACAAGUCGCAGUGACCGUCAUUCCGCCAGCCCAUCCACGAGGAGCCCUGCAGCGCACUCGAAACCAGACCAGCCUAAUUUUUGAACAAGGCAUGUCAUUUCUCUAUGGGUCCUGAAUACACACCCAUCCGUUACCUAGCCUGACCAGAGGGCAUGUCCAAGGAUGCUCACUGGCAUUGCGGUCGCCAUUGGCAGCGCAUCAUUUGGCCUGGAAUCGACCGGCUACUUGUGUCGCCGUCGCUGGAUAUGACAGAAAGCUGGCAAUAUUCAUGUAUA